ACCUGGCUUAUGCGUAGAUCCGUCUGGUAUAGGACCAAGAACUACAGUUGGUUAACUUGGUUCCUCUCCCACUCUGCUCGCGACACGGCACCCAAGAACAGGGAGGGUGGCUGUAGCUUGUUGCUAAAGAAAGCAACCGGGACGUGAAUCGGGGCGUCAAUUAAGGUGUGGACAUGCAAGGAACGUGGUUGAAGCGCACGGGAGCUGCUGCAUCUGAAACCGUCGACGUUGCGGCGUUGGGCGACGUUUCAUGCCAAGCUCAACUCACGUUGCGAGUUUGGUGGUGCGAUUUGUCAAGUUAAGAACGGAGAGCAAGCGAAUUGGGGGGGGAAACUCGACAAAAAAGACCGGCACUGGGCUUCUUCUGGGGGCGCGGAAAACCGGCGCUGGGACGGCGUGGUUCGUCGCUCCAGCCCUGUUCAUUCCAUUCCAUCCGCUCUGCAGCACUACAACUCUGCCGUCCGCGAAGGGAGUGGGCUGUUUUGGGGCGCCACAACCCUUCAAAUCGUCCAGUUCCUGUUGCGGCUCUUGUUUUGAUAGCGUUGUAUUUCUGGCAGACCGAAUCAGGAAGGCCAUGGUCCGUAAUUGUAUCGGUGUGGUCUCGUAUGGUCCAAAUCCUAAGAAUCCCAUCUUCGUUCUCUGGUACGUCGUCGUAAUGAACGCCACCGGAAGACCAUCUGACGGUGAGCCGAACGUAGUUUCGCCCACUCAAAGUGUUUAUACCGGCACAAUUAGCUUCGGGCUCAGGCAAGGCGGACGCCCUUUCAGUCGGGUCUCGCUUCAAUUCGAUCUUAUUUCGUCCGGUCAAUACCGUAGUAAGGUGGUGGGAAUGCGUGACCUGCUGGCAUGCAAUCCGAUCCUGAACUAUACGGUGAGAACACCAAGAGGCUCGCUACCUCAUUGCCGUGGAAGUUUCAUCCGUAUGCACUCCGGCUGUUCAGCUGUCUUGGCUUCCGCUGGACCCUGUGCUUCAAUUUGCAAGAGUAGUAUUGCCAUCUCGAGGUCUAUGCGUUCCUCGUUGGCGAAGAUUGAAAGCACUGACAAAGAAUCGCCCCUGCAGUAGCUGAUGAUCAAUAACAAUCUGAGCCAUCAUAUUUGCCCCAAGUAAUGGCAUGAGAACCACGGCUUGAACAGUCGACACAGAUUUAGAAGUACUCAAGGACAGCAAGUUGGCCAUAGUGUGCCGAAGCCGUUAAUCUGCCGCCCUGCCGCCCGUCAAAUUGAUUGAUGUUCUUUAAACUUGGAGGC